AUGGCUCAUCUAAAAAUACACGGUUUUGUGCAAAUCUGGAGCAAAAAGACUAGUAUGGCAAAACUGAAAAGAGCGGUAAUUGAAAUAGUGGAAGGAGAAAAGGAAGUUGAACUGGUAGUUUCUUCCCAAUCUAGAAAAAACCAAUGGAUUUUUCAUCUGAGUAAUGAUGCAAGUGUGGUUCUUAGACGUCGUGGAAAAAGACUCUAUCACCUGCAUUUAACAUUGAAAAGCAGUGCCUCCUUAGUUGUGGGUAAGUUAUCUUUCACAGAUGCCAAACAGAUGAAGAUGUUCCUGGAUACAUUUCAUCAAAGCAGAUUUCCACUCAUGAAGCCUGAGGGUGACCGGCCUGGCAGAAGUACCCGGAAAGUCGUGAACAAAACUCUGCUUUACAUAGAGUGUGACAAGGCAGCUUAUCGAUUCUUCAGGACCUCACCUCUCUCUAAGGAGAAGCCCUUGUCGGUGUCAAAUUCACCCAUCAAUCCUGCUGAGAAAGAGAUAUUAAAAAACCGAGGUGAGAAAAGAAAAACAGUAUUUUCUAGCCAAGACAUGAAUGCAGAUAUCCUGAAAGAAAAAGAUAACCCUCUGCCAAACAAGAAACUUAGAAGAUCUCACUUGCAGCAUGAGAGCAAUAAAAGAGAGAAGUUGUUGAGCUUAAACCUUCAAGAGAAACAUAGAGAUGUGAACACUGUCCCUUCAUUCAAUACCAACACUAGUGGAUAUCCUAACCCGGGUGAGAUUGUCCCUUCAUUCAAUACCAAGGCUAAUGGAUAUCCUAACCUGGGUGAGACUGUCCCUUCAUUCAAUACCAACACUAGUGGAUAUCCUAACCCAGGUGAGACUGUCCCUUCAUUCAAUACCAACGCUAAUGGAUAUCCUAACCCGGGUGAGACUGUCCCUUCAUUCAAUACCAACACUAGUGGAUAUCCUAACCCGGGUGAGACUGUCCCUUCAUUCAAUACCAAUGCUAAUGGAUAUCCUACCCUGGGUGAGACUGUCCCUUCAUUCAAUACCAACGCUAGUGGAUAUCCUAACCCGGGUGAGACUGUCCCUUCAUUCAAUACCAACACAAGUGGAUAUCCUAACCCGGGUGAGACUGUCCCUUCAUUCAAUACCAAGGCUAAUGGAUAUCCUAACCUGGGUGAGACUGUCCCUUCAUUCAAUACCAAUGCUAAUGGAUAUCCUAACCGGGGUGAGACUGUCCCUUCAUUCAAUACCAAUGCUAAUGGAUAUCCUAACCCGGGUGAGACCGUCCCUUCAUUCAAUACCAAGGCUAAUGGAUAUCCUAACCUGGGUGAGACUGUCCCUUCAUUCAAUACCAAUGCUAAUGGAUAUCCUAACCGGGGUGAGACUGUCCCUUCAUUCAAUACCAAGGCUAAUGGAUAUCCUAACCCGGGUGAGACUGUCCCUUCAUUCAAUACCAAUGCUAAUGGAUAUCCUAACCCGGGUGAGACUGUCCCUUCAUUCAAUACCAAUGCUAAUGGAUAUCCUAACCCGGGUGAGACUGUCCCUUCAUUCAAUACCAAUGCUAAUGGAUAUCCUAACCCGGGUGAGACUGUCCCUUCAUUCAAUACCAAGGCUAAUGGAUAUCCUAACCUGGGUGAGACUGUCCCUUCAUUCAAUACCAAUGCUAAUGGAUAUCCUAACCCGGGUGAGACUGUCCCUUCAUUCAAUACCAACACAAGUGGAUAUCCUAACCCGGGUGAGACUGUCCCUUCAUUCAAUACCAAUGCUAAUGGAUAUCCUACCCUGGGUGAGACUGUCCCUUCAUUCAAUACCAACCUUAAUGGAUAUGCUAACCUGGGUGAGACUGUCCCUUCAUUCAAUACCAACGCUAGUGGAUAUCCUAACCCGGGUGAGACUGUCCCUUCAUUCAAUACCAACGCUAGUGGAUAUCCUAACCUGGGUGAGACUGUCCCUUUAUUGAAUACCAAGGCUAAUGGAUAUCCUAACCCGGGUGAGACUGUCCCUUCAUUCAAUACCAACACUAGUGGAUAUCCUAACCCGGGUGAGACUGUCCCUUCAUUCAAUACCAACAUUAAUGGAUAUCCUAACCUGGGUGAGACUGUCCCUUCAUUCAAUACCAACAUUAAUGGAUAUCCUAACCCGGGUGAGACUGUCCCUUCAUUCAGCAGUAUUGAUUCUCCAUUGGAAUUGGAGCAUAGCCAGGAAAAUCCAUGUUUUAAUCAAAACUCUGUUCUUCUGGACACUGAUCCAAAGACACCACGUGAAGGCUUCCCCAACUUGGGAAACACCUGUUACAUGAAUGCCGUCUUACAAUCGCUCUUUGCAAUUCCAUCACUUGCUAAUGAUUUAUUCACUCAAGGCAUCCCAUGGGAGAAUAUGUCCAAUAAUCUGAUUGUCCCUUUCAGCCUGCUGUUUGCCUUUAAAGAUAUUUCUGAGGCAAACACCAAGAGCAUGUUACUUCUAAAUAUUAAACAUUCCAUUUCGGACAUUGCGGCCAUAUUCUGUGGAGACGGGCAGCAUGAUGCUCAUGAGUUUUUAGGUCAGUGUUUAGAUCAGCUGAAAGAAGACAUGAAGACCCUCAACACUACUUGGCCAGCCAAGAUGGAAACCCAGCGUGAAAAUUCACGUGCACACCUGUGUGCUGGUGAUGCUGCCACCAAAGUGUUCAUGUGUCCCAUUGUUACGAAUUUUGAGCUUGAGUUACAGGUCUCAAUUGUCUGUAGAGCUUGUGGGCAGGCUGCCAUGAAGACAGAGCUGAAUAAUUAUCUCUCCAUCAACCUAGACUGCGAACAAAGAGCACUUCCUCUGUCCCUCCAGGAUUAUUUUGAUCUUUUCUUUAUACCAGAAGUUGUUGAGUGUCACUGUGAGAAAUGUGAGAGCAAGAGCUCUGUCUUCAGGUACAAGUUCCGCAGGCUCCCCAGGGUGCUCAUUGUGCAUCUGAAGCGCUACAGCAUUAAUGAAGAGUGGUUGCUAGUGAAGAAUUAUCAGCAAGUUAAAAUUUCCAAGUACUUGAGUUUAUCUUCCCAUUGUGAUGAGCACACUAAGCCACCACUUCCUUUGGAAAGUAAGGUAUCUGAUGAGGGUCACAAUGUCCUCAAGGCCCCUGAGAUGUUUGGCUCCUCAGAACCAUCUAUGAAACGAACCACAGAAUCCAAUGAUUCUGUGGUUCUACACACUAGACCAGAUGAGGGUGGUGAAGUACAGAUAUUCCAGGGGGCAUGCGAAGGGGCAAGGAAUGUGUGGCAGCCGCAGAGUGGUGUAGAAAGUCGUUCAAAACUGGAGCUAGUCAACACAGAAAAUGAGAUGCUCCUUGAAAAUAAGCUGUGGGCCAUUGGCUCAAUGGUGAAUGAGAGAGACACCUUCCUUCCUAUGAUCUGUCAACUUUUCGGCAUCCCAUAUCCAGAUUCCACACAGUAUGAUCUCCAACAGGUACCUGAAUAUCCAGACCUUAAGAACCACGAGGAAAGGAAUCCAGCUGGAGAGUCUGAUCCCGCUUCUACCCAGCUUUGGGAAGAUAACCCAACAGAAAACAAGAUGCUAGGAGGAUUUCAACCCCAAGGAGUGGGUACAGGGCUCUACCAGAACAGUGCAAUGGGAAACAACAAGGAAAUCCUUCAUCCUUCGCCACCUCCCAGGGUUAGCCAGUUGGAUGCUCAGGAAGACCCCAUGAGGGGCCUGGGUAGAUCCCGGGGACUGCGCUCCCUUCUGACAGAGGGCUCUGACCACAGUGCUGGCAGGGACACCACUGUGGCGGAGGGCAGUGAGGCAGAGUCCGAGGAGGGGCCCGUGGAGCUUCGCACCUACAGGCUCAUCAGUGUCAUCAGCCAUAUUGGGGACUCCAGUGAGGGCCAUUACGUCAGUGACGUGUACGACUUCCAAAAGCAAGCGUGGUUCUUGUACAAUGAUAUGUCUGUGUCAGAAAUUCCAGAGGCCAUGGUACAGAAGCUGAGGCUCGGUGAUGGCUACAUUUUUUUUUACAUGCACAAUGAGAUUUUUGAGACACUGUUGGGAGAAGCACAGAGCAGUCAGCUUGGGGCUACA